ACAACAGUGCUUGGAGUUGAAGGAGUUUCAAUAUAAAAGAAUAAUAAAGCAAAAGACAACUUUGAUUACAAAAAAAGGGAAAAGGAAAAGUCCACAGCUAAAAGCAAAUUAAAGUUUAGAGAAAACAUUGUUGUUGAUAACAGUUAUUGGACUUGAUUUUCUCAAAUCUGCUGAAAGUUACUCUCCUUGAGUACAAUGUGAAAGACCUUAUCUUUUCUCUGCAUGGUGGCUCUGCAACUCUAGCUUCCUGCUUCUUCAACCUUGAAUUAUAACUCUCAAUACACUGAAAUUUUAAGCACCUUGUGAGUAUCCACACCAUUUGUUUUUCCCUUUCUUCCAUUAAAGUAUUGUAUUUUUUUUCUCUCUCUCUUUCUCUUUUUUGUUUUGCCUCGAGAAAAUCGAUAUUUGUGCUUUCAAGAGACUCUUUUUGGAGUGUUGUCGUCAAAAAUAACAACUUUUGUAGUGUUGGGUGGUGGGUUUGGUUUGGAUUUGUUGGUUGCUGUUCCGCGGUGGUGGCCUUUUUUUGGAAUUUUCUGAUGCCGGAGAAGGAAGUGAUUUCGCCGCCGGCGAAUCAAUGGGGCCAGUGGUCGAUUCCAAUACUUCAUUGGCGUGUUGGUUUGCUCACUGCUUUGGUUUUGGUUGGAAUGGUCCUAGUUUGGAGCAUUGAUGGGUGCACUGUUAAGAACUACAUUGAAGUUUUGAGGUAUCGCCAAGAUUAUCUUGCUCUAAGGGCUCAUUCUCCUAAUUUGACUCUUUCCCAUAAAAAUUUAACUUUUGGGCAUUAUUCAAGUUGGAUUUCAAGUGAAUUAGAGCCCAACUUGACUUCAAAUCUUAUAGCUCGAUGGUCAGCUCGGGGAGGAGAACCUUGUAAAGAUUCUAAGACUGUGGAGAUUGCAAUUCCUGGGUUAGAUGGUGGUAAAGUGAUAGAGCUAUCAGCUGGAGAUGUACAUGAAUUUGGUUUUCAAGCAUUGGAUGAUUCAGGGAAGCCUCACUGUUUGGGUGGGGAUUACUUUGAGACUGAUCUUUCAGGGGAAUCAUGGAAAUCUCGACCUUUGGUGAAAGAUUUCAAUAAUGGGACUUACUCGAUUUCUUUGCAAGUUCAUCCUGAUUUUGAUGGGGUUUACAAUCUCACUAUAAUCCUGCUUUAUAGACACUUUGAAGGACUGAAAUUCACCCCAUGGAGAUUUUCUUAUGAUAGAAUGCUGCGUAAUAUUGCAAUCAGAUUCUACAAAAGCAGUGUUCAAAUGCCAGAACUGCAGACUUGCAAAGCUUCUGAUUUUGGGAGGGAUGUGUGGUGUGGAAGGUGGACAAGGCAUGGCAAGAACGAUGACUGCCCCAUAGGUAAUGAUGGUAGGUAUCGAUGCCUAGCACCGGAUUUUCCUUGCAAAGCUCCUUGGUGUGAUGGUUCAUUGGGAAUUCUGGAGAGUAAUGGUUGGGUGUACUCAACUCACUGCUCAUUCAAGAUGUAUUCAGCUGAGUCUGCUUGGAAUUGCUUGAGCAAUCGAUGGAUUUUCUUCUGGGGUGAUUCAAAUCAUGUUGACACAAUACGGAAUAUGCUCAAUUUUAUUUUAGAUUUGCCUGAAAUACAUUCUGUCCCCAGACGAUUUGACAUGAAUUUUUCCAACCCAAAAGACCCAUCUCAAACAGUUAGGAUCACAAGCAUCUUCAAUGGGCAUUGGAAUGAAACACAAAACUAUCUGGGGUUGGAUUCUCUGAGAGAUGAAGGGUUUCAAAGUUUGUUGAAGAAAUACUUCUCGGAAGAAACAAUCCCAGACACUGUAAUCAUGAACUCCGGCUUGCAUGACGGUGUCCAUUGGCGUACUGUAAGAGCAUUUUCUGUUGGAGCAGACUAUGCAGCAUCCUUCUGGGCAGAUGUUAUGAAGACUGUGAAGCAAAGGGGGUUGGCAUGGCCAAGAGUUUUUUACCGAACUACAGUAGCAACUGGUGGAUAUGCAAGAUCACUAGCAUUUAAUCCUAACAAGAUGGAGGUAUUCAAUGGUGUGUUCUUGGAGAAAUUGAAGAAAGCAGGUGUUGUAUCUGGUGUGAUUGAUAACUUUGAUAUGACAUUUCCAUGGCAUUUUGAUAACCGAUGUAAUGAUGGAGUUCACUAUGGAAGGGCUCCAGCAAAGAUGAAGUGGCGAGAUGGCCAAAUUGGGCAUCAAUAUUACGUGGACCUCAUGUUAGCUCAUGUUCUUCUCAAUGCCUUAUGUGCAAGAUAGCCAAGCAGCUUCAGUUAGAAGACAUGGUCAGAACUUACACUUUGCCUACAAGGUAGCAUUUGAGGGAAGUGUAGGCAUAACCUAUAGAAUAAUGCACACAUUAUACUUCUCCUGCAAAGGUGCUUGGUUGAAGACUAUUGGGGUAGCAUCCACCAUAUUUGGACAAGUUUGGCAUUCUUUCUUGCUUAUAUAUUUUUGUUUGCGUGAGUUAUGUAUACAUGAGAUUGUUCCACUCGUAGAUUAGCAGAGGAUUUUAACUCCUCAAAACACAUUUUACUAUUGUAAUCAAUAUCAUAGUUCAAAGGCUAUU